AAAAAACAGAACGACGGUGUUGACAUAUUUGACUUAUUUCUAAUAUUAUUAAUAAAAUAAGCGGCUAUAAUAGAAUAAGAAAUCUUUGUAAAUUUAAAUAAGACUAUUUCAUUGAUUAGUUUACGCCUGUUUAUAUACAGGAUGUCAAGGCAAACUGUACCAAAAAUUUGCGUCCAAUUUAUCUCAGAUCAAUAGCAUUAAAAUUUCACUUGAUUUACAAUCAUCCUUUAUCAGCUGCGCGCCGUUAUCUUAUCAGCCGCAGUGACAUAGUUGGAAAGAAAAUGGCCAGGUUUAGGCGUUUUUGGGGUUUCUGAACAUCGCUGAUAGUUUUAGAACAUGCGAAAAUGUCCCAGAAUCGACGCAAGAAAAGCACAACCUCGUCCACCAGUAGGCUGAUCCGCAUCACCGUAGUGGGCGAUGGAGACACAGGAAAAACUUGCCUACUGAUUGUCUACAAGGAUAAAAAAUUCGACGAUCGCUACAUCCCGACUAUCUUUGACGAAUACUCGAUGACCAUCCCGAUCAACUACGAGCCCUACACAAUCGUUCUAUCGGACACUGCCGGGCAGGAAGAGUUCGAUAAGCUCAGAAGACUGGCCUAUAGAUUUGCGGACGCCUUCCUGGUGUGCUAUUCCAUAGCGGAGCGCAACUCGUUUGAAAAUAUCUCCCUCUUGUGGGCCCCUGAGCUCAAAAAAUGCCGCUCGCAAGCCCAUAUAAUCCUCGUUGCAACGAAGAUCGACCUGCUGGCCGAAAGGAAAGUGACGACUGAAGAGGGCGAAGCUCUGGCCAAGGACAUCGGGGCGGCGGGUUUCAUUGAGACUUCUGCGAAAAACCAAUGGAACAUCGAUGCGGCCUUCCAAAUGGCGCUGAUGGCUGUUUUGGCCGGGCGGAGCCAACAGCGGCCAUCCAAGUCUAUUUGUCAGCUGUUAUGAUAUUAUUAGAAAUGUUCCAUUAAACCUAUUUAUUUUCUA